CUGUGCGGAGUACCGCGUGGCUUUGUUCGUGCGCUUCUGGGUAUCUUUCCGCGUCAGUCAAACGGAGGUGACUUUUCGACGAAGAAGAGACGGUCUGGCUCCGGGUCCGAGGGCCUGUUCUCGCGCUUUGACCCCCCAGCCAGCUUCCGUCCUGCCGUGUUUCUUCUUAAGAAAAAUGCGGAGCGGAACCGAACCUGCUCAGCCGGCGAGGCGGAAAUAGGGACGCGAGUGGCUCAUCCAUCUAAAAAAAUGUGCUUAUGAUCCUCGACAUGCAUACAACAUACAUAGUCAUCUGCGUGUUAAGAACUUGAGAGGGCAGAGCCGCGCGAAACAUGUAGCCGGUUCACGGUUGGUGUGUGAUAUAAAGAGCAGGAAUGGAGGUUGUGGUCUCGUUCGGAGCGCAGGACAACGUUCUGCUGGCAAACUGCUCCGACCCACCAGGACACAGAUGGAAGCCUCCCGGCGAGGAUUCUGACCGAAGCACAAGCCCUUCCGUGCUGCACUCUGUGGCCACCUCCUGGAAGGAAGGUCUGCUGAACCGCAAGAGGCCAUUUGUGGGCAGGUGUUGCCACUCCUGCACACCUCAGAGUCAGGAGAAGCUCUUCAAUCCCAGCAUCCCAUCCCUGGGACUGCGCAACGUGAUCUACAUCAAUGAAACUCACACCAGGCACCGGGGCUGGCUGGCCCGACGACUCAGCUACAUGCUCUUUGUACUCGAGCGUGACGUACGUAAGGACAUGUUUGCCCGCAAUGUGAUGGAGAAUGUGCUCAACAACAGCAGGGUAGAGAAAGCCAUCACAGAGGUGGCUUCGGACACCUCCGUCCCCUCUCCAGGGCGCAAGGCGAUUGAGAAGAUGAGGCGAAAAGCCCGUGGGAUCCUGCAGGAGAUGGUGGCCAACAUCUCGCCCACUUUCAUCAGGCUCACAGGAUGGGUACUGCUCAAGCUCUUCAACAGCUUCUUCUGGAGCAUCCAGAUCCACAAAGGCCAACUGGAGAUGGUGAAGAAGGCGGCGACAGAGCACAACGCGCCUUUGGUCUUCUUACCUGUGCACAAGUCCCACAUCGACUACCUGCUCAUCACCUUCAUCCUCUUCUGUCACAACAUUAAAGCACCUCACAUCGCUGCUGGCAACAACCUCAACAUCCCCAUCUUCAGCACGCUGAUCCAUAAACUGGGAGGCUUCUUCAUCCGCCGGAGGCUGGACGAGAGUGCCAAUGGGAAGAAGGACGUGCUGUAUCGCACACUGUUGCACGCGUACACUGAGGAACUCCUUCGUCAGCAGCAAUUCCUGGAGGUCUACCUGGAAGGCACUCGCUCGCGUAGCGGCAAGCCGUCCCCGCCUCGAGCGGGCAUGCUGUCCUUUGUGGUCGAUGCGUUGUGCAACAGCAACAUCCCCGAUGUGCUCAUCGUGCCUGUGGGAAUCUCCUACGACCGCAUCAUUGAGGGAAACUACAACAGCGAGCAGCUGGGGAAGCCGAAGAAGAACGAGAGCUUGUGGGGCGUGGCCUGCGGAGUGUUCCGGAUGCUGAGGAAGAACUACGGCUGUGUGCGCGUCGACUUCACUCAGCCCUUCUCCCUCAAGGAGUACCUGGACACGCAGCGGUGCAGACAGCUUCCAGCUCCACUUUCCCUUGAGCAGCUCCUCAUUCCAACCAUCAUAGAAGCACAGCCCGAUGAGGCCUUCUUCAUGGGUGAGGAAGAGGAGCAGCUCAAUGCUGGAGACUUGUCAGAUGAGCCCUGGAGAAGGCAGGUCAUCGCCAACCUGGCCAAGCAUGUCCUCUUCACUGCCAGCAAGUCGUCUGCGGUCAUGUCCACACACAUAGUGGCCUGCCUGCUCCUGUACAGACACCGGCAGGGCAUCGCCCUGUCCAAGCUAGUGGAGGAUUUCUUCAACAUGAAGGAGGAGAUCCUGUCCCGGGACUUUGACUUGGGCUUCUCUGGCAAUUCGGAAGAUGUGGUGAUGCAUGCCCUGCACCUGCUGGGCAACUGCGUGAAUGUGACGAGCACCAGCCGCAACACAGAGUUUGUCAUCUCCCCCAGGAACACUGUGCCCGCCCUGUUCGAGCUUAACUUUUACAGCAAUGGCCUCUUCCAUGUCUUUAUCGCAGAUGCCAUCAUAGCAUGCAGUGCUCUGGCCCUGCUGAAGGAACAGGCAAGGGAGACGGAGGGAAGCUCCUCCAAGACACUGAUCAGCCAGGAACGUCUCAUCUGCAGGGCUGCAGGACUCUCGCAUUUCCUGUCCAACGAGGUGGCUGUAGCUAUGCCUUGUCAGAUGAUUUAUCAAGUCUUCCACGAUGCAGUUGGCCGGUUGAUUCAGUACGGUGUUUUGCUGGUCGCUGAGGAGGAGCAGGAAGAGCUCAGCCCCAGUGCUACGGAGGAGCCUUGGCCCAAGCGAUUCCCUGAGCCCCUGUCAUGGAGGAGCGACGAGGAGGAUGAGGACAGUGACUUUGGUGAAGAGCAGCGAGACCGUUACCUGAAAGUGAGCUCAUCCUCAGAGCACCAGGAGUUCUUCACUUUCCUGCAGCGGCUGCUCAGCCCAGUCUUGGAGGCAUACGCAGGUGCUGCCAUCUUUGUGCAUGGCCUGGAGCGGCCCAUUGCUGAGAGAGAAUACACCAUGCAGCUCUUCAGAUACCUGCUGACUCGCACAGAGAGGGGAGUCGCCACAUACGGGGAGAGCGCAACACACUACCUCGUAAAGAAUACAGUGAAAACGUUUAAAGAACUUGGGGUCCUGAAAGAGCGACGGGAGAGUGGAGUGUCGGUGCUGGAACUCACGGGAACAUUCUUACCUCAGGCCAACCGUAGGAAGCUCCUCCAAUACAUCAUCAGCUUCAGCCUCCUGUAACAAGCCACGUGGGAACCUGAGCUCAUGUUCUGCAAAGGGCUUUUGCUGGCUACAUCAAAACGAAAUAAAACACAAGGUGCUACUCUAUGGCAAAGUUUUACCAAAGAAGUGCCUUCAGAAACACCAGAAUAACAAACGAGAGGCUCCUCCAUUCUUUUGCAGUGAGACCGCUGUUCAGUGCACAGCUGCCAAGGCUAUCGAGGAGUGGAAAUAGUGGCAGUCCACGAUUAAUUCUUAGAGUAAAUACCAGUGAAAACCCUCGCAUUUGAGGUUUGUCCUUUUAGCUCCUCCCUGGUCACAAUGAAUUUGUUCUCUGGGGUUAACCUGCAGCAGAAAUUAGCCAAACGUACGCUAUGGUGAUACUGAGCAAUGCUAAAUCAGAAGCCUUUACUCUGCACUACAUUAAAGCAUGUGUCUGGGCAAAUGCUUGCAUCUGUACCUCAUCACCAUGGAACCCUUGAUAAGUGUAAUCAAACAUAAGAAACAGGUGUGGUCCUGUACAUGCCACGCCUCUGUGAAGGGGUUUAGACAGCUAGUCUCGUUUAUAAUACAGUAAAAAUUCAGAGUCUGGGUCACGGGCAUAGUGUGUGUCUCAAACCAGGAACGAUGAUCAAACGUGGAAGGAGGUGCAGUAGGCUCCAUCUGUCGCUCAUUCCAAACUUGUGGCUACUUUACUUCCCUGCUCAGCAGCCUGGCACCCUCUGCUAAUGCCUUACGUUCCAGCAACAUUGCAGGAUUAGUUUUACUGCUGUGGGGAUGGGGGUUGGAUGGGGUGGUGGCUGGAAAGUUCUCAUACCCUAUCAGUCAAGCACCCACCCCACAAUACUGCAGCAAUAUUGCCAUGAUUCCUCUGAUGUUUUGAGGAAAUAAUGUAUCAGCUUAUAAUGUCUUGUAUGUAUGUGCUUCUCAAGGCAUUAUGUAAGUUUUUUUUUUUAAUAAUAUUAAAAAUAAUAUAUUCAUAGUAGUUUAGUCAACAAACCAAUUUUUCCCUGCAGCUACUGCUGCAUUCUGCAGUUAAAGUGAAUGGGUUUUAGUCACAGGUCAGUAGAUUUUGAUGUAGUUAGUCAUUAAAUAAACAACAAUGAGGAGUUUCCUUGUUCGCUGUAGUUAUUGGAGGACAGGUUUAAAAAAAAAAAAAAAAAACAAAACCAACUUUGGUACAGACCACAGACCCUUGUGGACUCACGUGGUUAUAUGCACUUACAUAUAAACGCACAAAAAAAUCUGUAUUUAAAGUGGAUUUGGGAGGAAUAGUAGAAGCAAACGCAUACACACAAAUGCAUUCAAAGCAUACGCUCGUAGUGCCACGCAAAAUGUGGACUGUUGAAAAUGUAUGUGUAUAAAAAAAUGACUUUAGAAGCAACGGAUCAACACUUGUUUUCAUUAGAGAUGUUUGUUGUUUAGGGAGAUGAUAAAGAUGAUGAUGAUGGUAGUGACUGAUACCAUUCGGCAAGUAAUGUUGCCCUGGUAAAUGGACCACUGCCAAAGUGCCGCUCGUUUUUCUCCAUUCAGCGCAGCUCUCUUGUCUGUCAACGGCUGUUCUCUCAUCAGACACAGAAAUGCACAUAGACCGGCACAAUGGCAGGAGCUUUUCAAUCUAUACAUAAAAACCUCUUGUGGCCUUCUGCUGGACCAAUGACAAUGUGCAUUCAGGUCCAUCAAGAGCAUCUAAGGGGUGACCUGAAGAAAGCAGCGGACCACAGAUGAGGUCGAGGAGGAGAAAUAAAAAUCUUACCAGCCAAGGGGCUUAGGAAUGUAAAUGGUCAAUGGUGAGAUGGAAUAAAGUAUCGUUAGCUGUUAUUAGAAUCUCUAGUGACCUUUGUUGCUGUCCUGGAUUGUUAGUCACCAGGGGCCUUAAAGGUGUACUGUAUCAACUAGUGAAUGUUUGUCAAACAAAGCUGUGAAAUACAUCGUUUUCUUUUACUUUCUGCUCGAUUAGCCCGAGUACAUUGUGAGGCAUUCUGUCUUGUAUGGUUUGCAGACAUCUUUCAUGUAAGGAGGAGGGAUUUUAUCUCUUGGUUCUAUUACCCAGAUUUGAGUUUUCAUUUGAAAUAAUAAGCAGGAUGAACGCGUGUGUAAGACCCGCAUAGGAGAUCACAGCUAUCACAUUAAACGAAGAGAAUAUUUUUCCUGUCUGAAUGUCAAAGGAGUUCUAAGUAGCAAUAACAAGCCACAUUGACAGUAAACAGAAUGCUAGAUAAACAUCCCGUCGCACGUCACAUGCACACUCAUACAUGUACAGUAUCUGUCUACUGCAAAAUAAAAACGGUACCUUUGAGCGGUUUUCAAAUUACAAUGUGUGCAUUUUUCAGUAGUCUGAAUAAUCACAAUUAAAAUGACUUAUUGCAUGAUUGCUUUUUAGUUGUUGGUGACAUCUGGUGGAACCAUUAAACUGUUGGGUAAUAUCUGUACCAGGGAAAGACUGUCUCAUGUUGGCGGUGUGGGCUAUCUUGACUGUCCACCUUCAGAAAGGGAGACCAUCUGCAGGGAAACAGACUUUACAAAGAAGGGUGAGCCUUGUGGAGAAGCUCACCAGUCAUCCUGAACAGAUGCAACAAAUUGCAUUUUCCCUCUUAUAAAUAUGAUAACAUACUGCAGUGCUGAUGCUUUCAUAGUCUGAGGAGAAACCACAGUAAACAAUGUCUCAAGCAGUGAACUUCCACAACAGGCAUGUGUUUUCUUUUUCAGAUUCCUCAGUCCAGAAAUUUGAAUUGCAUCAAGCUGUUACUGUUUACUGUUACUGGCUAUCAUUGUUUUUCAGCAAAAUUGUGAUAAACCAAUCUGUAGAUAAUCUCCAUUUUCCCUUUAUCUGACAGCACUUGGAAAAUGCACUGAUGAUGGUUAUGUUAACUGGUUUAAAUAAAAUGAAUUCUG